AUGCCUAGCCCUCCCUCAAUUCCUCGUCUACCACACAAUUUACUGUCCAUUUACAUUGGCUUGUGCGCACUGAUUGAGGAGGACCAUGCGCGUAGUGCUCCCAUAAUUAGCCCCUUCGAAUGCACCAAAGAGGCGGCGUUUCGGGCGCUGAGUCGUCCGAGUGCACACGAUGCUGCGGCGGAAACCGCUGGUGCUCUACAAUUCGCCUCCUACCACCAGCAAUGCUGCCUGCAUGAGCACACAUUGAUUGCCGUUGGCGUGUUGGACCUGGUUCCAGGUUGCCUCUCCUCUGUCUACUUCUUCCACCCCUCGCCCCCAGAUUACGCCUUCCUCAGUCUGGACUUUACGUCUUAUUUCGUCAUGCCAGCAUGUGUUCAGGCUUAA